GUCACACCUGCGCGACUGUUUGUUGGCAUCAAAAAUGUCUUCUAGACUAGAGAUUAAUUUCAUCAGAUUGCUGUCUCGCUGUGAGUCUAUAGCCUCGGAGAAACGAGGGGAGGCGGAAUGGAGGUUAGAAAAGUACGUUGGUGCUUUGGAGGAGAUGUUGGUGGCUCUGAGGAAAAACCCAAGCAAACCAACACCAGAGGUCCUGACCGAGUACAUAAGAAAAGUGGAUUUUUUGAAAGGGCUCCUAGAGGCGGAGAAACUGUCUUCACCAACAGAAAAGGCUUUAGCGAACCAGUUCCUGGCUCCUGGCCGAACACCCACAAUAGCCAAUGAGAGGAUGCCUGCCACCAAAACAGUCCACAUGCAGACGAAGGCACGGUGCACAGGAGAAAUGAGAGAUGAGUUGCUCGGCACGCAGGCUUCAGGCAAAGGUCUGUCAGAUAGAGACUUAAGAAACAGAAGAGGUCUUCCUCUGGAUGAACGUCAGUCCGCUGCCGAGCUGGACGCCGUCCUGCAGCACCACCACAACCUGCAGGAGAAACUGGCAGAGGACAUGCUGAACCUGGCUAGAAAUCUGAAGAACAACACUUUGGCAGCGCAGAACAUCAUCAAACAGGACAACCAGACUCUGAGCCAGUCUAUGCGUCAAGCGGACCUGAACUUUGAGAAGCUGAAGACGGAGUCAGAUCGGCUGGAGCAGCACGCCAAGAAGUCUGUUAACUGGCUGCUGUGGCUGAUGCUCAUCCUGGUCUCUUUCACUUUUAUCAGCAUGAUCCUCUUCAUCAGAAUCUUCCCCAGGCUCAGAUGAUGAUCAUGUUACAACCCAGAACUCUUCAUCCAAUGUCCUCCUACGUUUAUAAGAGCAGUAACUACUCUGGUCUCCGCAUAUCUAUGCAGCACCAUCCAUGUGUGUCAGACAGAUCAGCAGUGGUCAGAAGCAACAAAAGCCAGUUUGAUUGACUGAAAUCAUUUCCCUUUUGGGAUCAAAGUCCUCUUCUGCAGAUACUCUGAAGCAUUAAUGUUCCUUUUUUCAAACUGAGCAGGAUAUAAGCUCUAGGUAAAGAGCCACUUGGACAGGGUUUGGGAGAUAGUCUUAAUAUGUAGACACCACGUUGAGCCUUUUAUUUUGAUUCGUCAUCGGGUCAGCUACCAGCCAUCACUCACACGUAUACACUAAAGCACUAAAGCCAGAUGCGUUUCCACUGUGUGUAAAUUAAAGAGCAUUCAUGUGCUGUCCAGCACCAACUCUACAAGAUUAAAAUACAUUAAAACCUUUUAAACUUGGGAGCUGUUGGACCCGUUUGUGGAAUCAGAGCUUUAUGGCUUGAUUGAGUCUGAUUUAAAAAAAAAAAAAAAAUCUAAUUUAUUUGCAGUUUUGCGUUCUGUGCCUUCUGACAGGUGUGUUAUGCAUUACAAUGUAGAUUUAAAACUGUAUGGACACUUUAAAGGCUUUAAUGGUGUACUGUGUAUUUAUACAAAAGCCUCCCUGUACAGGUGUUUAAAACAUCUGCCUGUAACUAUUGUAGUGCAUGACAAUCCUCUUCUGACAUAAGUGUUUGUCUCAAAUGACACAGUGCAAAAUAUCCGACUUGGGUCUUGUGAUGUUGUGUUAAAGUCCCCCCCCCUGUGUUUCCAGUGCUCCCGGUCCUGUUUUCUGUUCUGCUGAAUGAUGAAUGAAAUAUGCUUCGGGUGACGGUGUUUGUCGUAGUUAGAGACGACCGCUGAGGCUGCAGGUGUAAAUGAAGUGAGAUCUAGUUACCACUUAUAACUGUAAUGUCAUGUCUAUUCCAAAUGUAAGUACUUGUGACAUAGUGUGAAAGAUGUCUAUUUAAGAUCAUAAAAAAAAGGAUUACAGAGAGAAUUAAAUAAUUCGAUUCCUCCCGUCAUUUUUUUAAA